AUGUCGGAACGAAUGAAGAAAGAAUUGGAGGAGAAAAGGGCUAGAGUAGCGGAACUGAGAAGAGCAAGGGAGGAAAGGAUGGCUCAGUUGGCUCAAGCAAGUACAUCUCAAGGACCAGUUGAACCCCUGACAACAUCCCGUAAAGAUGUCAAUGAUCUCGUAGAGUCGUUACUUGCACGACCUUCUACACCAGCAAGACAGACUUCUUACGUAUCCGCACAAUCACACGCGACUCCCAACAUCGGUACAAGUGGACGAGCCAGCCGGUCGACUCCUCCGGAAAGUAGUUUACCUGGUACACCGGGAGGAAGAGCAAGUAGAUUAAGCAAUGAAGGCAGUACAGGUGGAUCAGGUGGUACAGGUAGAUCAGGCUUUACGAGUAUGACACCUUCUCAACCGAUGGUGGAUAGGGAAACAGUGGGUUCACCAUUUCAACCGAUUGAUUUCGUAGAUAUGCAACAGGAACUAUACGAGUUGCCUUCGAAGACAGUAAAGCCGGUAACCUAUUCCAAAGCCAUUCAAACAUCCGUGACGAUAUCAACGUCAACGUCAGAUCUGGAAUCAGAUGCAGGAUCAGAGGAUGAAAGAGGUAUCAUCCGUCGGCGAAGGAGAAGAGAUGAUGGUGAAAGUGGAAGAGAAACAGAAGAUGACAUGAGGACGAGAAUAUUGGAGGAAUUAGAGGAAGAAAGGAAAUCCUUAGAAAAUGAAUUGAAGGAAUUGAAAGAGAAAGGAGAGGAACAGAAGGUCAACAAUCUAUCGGAUGAACAAAGACAAGCAAUUUUUGCAGCACCUGAUUUUAGCGCCUUCAUAGAAGAGUCAACGAAGAUAGUGCAAAGAGCUUUGAGCGAUGGAUAUGAUUAUAUAAAGGACUACACGAUAGGUAUAGACGGUGCUUUUGACGAGUCGGAAGGACAGAAAAUCAAGCUAUUCUGUGCUUUUUCAGAUGAGAGGUGGACGAAUGGUAGAUCCGUAACGGAUUUAGACUGGUCACCGAAAUUUCCCGAAUUGAUUGCUGCGUCCUAUAACAAAAAUCCAUCGGCGAUCAACGAUCCCGAUGGUAUAGUAGCAGUUUGGAAUUUACAUCUUCUUGAAAGACCUGAAUUUAUCUUCCACUCUCCUUCCGACGUCCUCUCAGUCACUUUCUCACCUUACCAUCCCACACUGAUAUUUGGCGGAUCAUACUCUGGUCAAGUGCUAUUAUGGGAUACCAGAGCAAAACAUUUACCGGUACUGAAAACUCCUUUAUCCUCCAGUGGCCAUACUUACCCUAUAUACGGAAUGAAAAUGGUCGGAACGCAGAACGCAAAUAAUCUGAUAACAACUAGUACAGAUGGUUUAGUUUGUAGUUGGUUAAGUGAUAUGUUGGCACAACCUCAAGAAACUCUUCCGCUUACCGUACCAUCACAUAACAAAACCGAUGAGGUAUCGAUCACUUGUCUUGACUUCCCAGAUAACGAAACAUCGACUUUUUGGAUAGGUACAGAAGAAGGAUCCAUCUAUCAAGCUAAUCGAUAUGAUCGAGCAUCAUCGAAAGCGGGAUUGAACUCUGAAGAUGUAUAUCGUGGACAUGCUGCUCCGAUCACAGGAAUCGAUUUCCAUCCUGGAACGGGAUCAAUCGAUUUCUCCGACCUGUUCUUGUCUUCUUCGGUAGAUUGGACAGUUAAGUUGUGGAAAACAAAAGCUUCAUCCUCGAAUAACAGUAAAAAUUCCAGUUCGAACGGAGUCAAGGGGGAAACAGGAGGUAUAGGAUCGUUGCAUUCGUUCGAAGAAGCAGAUGAUUACGUGUUCGAUGUAAAGUGGCAUCCUCAUCAUCCUGCUGUUUUCGGUACAGUAGAUGGCAAUGGUAAAUUCGAUUUAUGGAACCUGAACCAUGAUGUUGAGGUACCGAUAGUUUCUACAACAGUGUCUUCCGAAGCAUUGAACAAAUUAGCAUUUGAUAAAACACCUUUAUCUAAAAAAGUGGGAUUGGGUUCCUCAAAUGGUAAAGUAUACAUGUAUGAUAUAAUGGAGAAAUUGAUUCAACCGAGAGAUAAUGAGUGGAUUGAAAUGCAAAAGAUCAUUCAAAGUUUGGCAGCUUCAAAGGAGAAUACGACCAAUGGAUUAGUAGGUGAAUUAAACACACAAGGUAGAAGUAGAUAUAGAUAA